ACGCCUCGGCGAGACCGGCCCGACAGAGGCCGCGUCGUCCCCGGCCUCGGCGCACUUGUAGCCCGGCGCCCUUCCACCAACGUCGAAAUGGGGCUCGUCUCGGACGAAACGGCGCUCCUGGUGGACGCCGAGCCGCAGAGUGCCAGCGACGGCGAGGCCGGCUGGCGCACCAACACGACGCUGCCUGCGACGCCAGACCGCGCCAGCUUGUCGUCCGACGCUGCUAAGCCGGCCGCAUCCGAGACGACGCAGCUGCUGCCCAAGGAGGGCGCCGCGGCGCCUCGCCGGCGUUGCGCCGCGCAGCUGGGCCUGCUGUACGCGCUGCUGGCCGCCUUCUGCUCGUCACUCGUCAACGCGCUCGUCAAGGGCGUGACGACGGUGGACCCGGCGGCGCUUUCUGCCUUCCGCUUCCUCAUCAUCCUGGUGCCGACGGGCGCCGUGGCGCUGUCGCGGCGGCAGAGCGUGUUCCCGCGGGGGAAACGAGGCACGCUGAUGCUCCGUUCCGUGCUGGGCACCGUCGGACUCGUCACUAAGUUCUACGCGAUGCGACUGAUGCCGCUGGCCGACGCCAGCGUGAUCGUGCUCAGCGUGCCUGUGUUCGUGGCCGUGUUCGCACGCAUCUUCCUGAAGGAGCCGUUCACGUGGGUCAACGCCGUCACCAUCGUCGGCACGGUGGCCGGCAUCGUGCUGAUCGUGCGGCCGCCGAUGCUGUUCGGCGGCGCCAGCGCCAGCUACAACGUCAUCGGGCCCAUCCUGGCCAUCACCAGCAACGUGUUCACGUCCAACACGUACGUGACGCUGCGCCAGCUCAAGGACGUGCACUACUCGGCGACCGUGACUGUGUUCUGUCUGACGGCCAUCCCGCUGUCGGUGGCCGUCUGGCUGUUGUUCGGCGACCGGUCGCUGCCCACCUGCUCCCUGCCCUGGCUACUCGUCCUGGCCAUCGGCCUGCUCAGCUUCCUCGUGCAGAUGUUCUUCACCAAGGCGACGCAGCUGGAGAACGCCGGCCCCGUGUCAGUGGUGCGCACCACUGACAUCCUGUUCGCCGUCAUGUGGCAGGUGGUGUGGUUCGACUCGGUGCCCGGUCUCUUCUCGUGGCUUGGCAUGGGGCUGGUCGUCUCCUCCGUGCUGCUGGUUGCUGGUCACAAAUGGUACAUGUCGCGCCACAGCGCCCGACAGGAGGAGCCGAAGGCGAGCCAGGAGGCGCCGACCGUGUCCCGCUGAAGCGGCGGCCUGCCUUCCUCCUCCCUACCCCCCUUCCCAGUGUUGUUGCACAAAUUGCAGAGAGACUGCAGUCUCCACCACCCAUGGCAGCCUUCCACCACUUAAAUAUAGGUGUGUGAUCCGAAACAAUGCAAUUUUUCUAGUGAGCAAAAGUACCCAAGUUUCCAAAGCGACCAGCGUUCUGUUUGCAUGCUGGGCGCGUGGUUAGGCUUGUGCAGUUGUGCGCGGCAGUGACUCAAGCGAGGCAUAUGAGGUAGAACGCUCGGGUUCUAUUAGCAUGUUUUGAACCGAUGAUUAGCCUCCGUGUGGCUUGGACAAAUGAUAACGUUGCAUGUGACGUAUGCGACAAGACUAAACCGGCAUAUCUUUAAGCUAAACACGCAAUCUCAGAAGCGGGUCGACACCACGUUUAUUCGGCCGGCGGACAAACGUCUAAAGAGCUCAAUAUUGCACCCGAUACGACGACCGCUAUCUCUGAGACUUCGGGCAUUACGGUGUGCAGAACAGCCCGACCCUGAUGAGCCUCGUCUGGUUUAGUAUGGGCCCAUUGGCUGCGUGACUAACUUAGGGAUACCACCGCCAGCUUUAUGUGACGAUAUGGUGCGACGGUACACGUGG